ACUUGUCGAACCACGUAAAGAAGUUGAGAGUUGUGCCGUUGGGGUUAUACUUGUAGGAAACUCAAUUACAACUUGAUAAAAUUAAAACAGUAUACUAUCAAUAAGAAUGUCAGGAAAAAUAAUAGAUCAAAUAUUAAUACUUGACCCACAUUCAGAAUUACACUUUAAAGGGCCUUUUACAGAUGUAACAACCUCGUACCUGAAACUUUUCAAUCCUUCAGAAUGGAAGGUUUGUUUCAAGGUGAAGACUACUGCUCCAAAACGUUAUUGUGUACGCCCAAAUAGUGGCCUCAUAGAACCAAAACAAACUGUGCAUGUGGCUGUUAUGCUUCAACCUUUUGAUUAUGAUCCUAAUGAAAAGCAUAAACACAAGUUUAUGGUACAAACAAUGUUCGCUCCUGAGGGUGAAGUAAAUCUUGACUCUUUGUGGAAGGAAGCCAGCCCGGAAAGUCUAAUGGAUUCCAAAUUAAGAUGUGUUUUCCAUGACCCCAAUGAAAACACAACAUCAUGGAAGGAAGCCAGCCCGGAAAAUGUAAUGGAUUCCAAAUUAAGAUAUGUUUUCCAUGACCCCAAUGGGAACACAACAUCAAAUAAUCUAGAUACUAGUACUGCUGGACAGGCUGAUAAAGACAUACCUGUUAGUAAAAUAACCCCUGACCCAUCACCAAAACCCUCCCCAAAGGCUAGUAACAUACAAUUAGAUGAAGAGCUUCAAAAAUACCAAGUAGAUUACAGAAGACUGAAGGAGGAAAUAAUUAACUUGCAGCAAGAAAACAGUAAACUCAAAGAGGAAAGCCUAAGACAAAGAGUAUCAAGCUCAACUUUUGGAGGAGAAAUCCAUUCAUCACUCAGGACAAGUCCAUCCCAAGACAAAAAAACACCACCUAGUGUAAGCCAGCCAAGACUCUUUCAAGAACCUCAACAACAGAACUACAUGAUACAUAUUGGUAUCAUCAUUGGAGGCUAUAUUUUGGGUCUUAUUUUUGGCAAAUUCUUAUUGUAGAUUAUGAAACCAAACAGAUGGAUCCCUGCUUUUUUCAGCUUGUUACAUUUAUUAAAUGUUUAUCUACAACCAAACUUGUAAUUAUUUUAAUUUGGGUCAGUUUUUUAUUCAAGUAACGGUAGAGUAGAGCUCAACAGGUUUCUGAAUUAUUAAUUGGUCUCACUAAUUUACGUGGUAGAGUAGAGCUCAACAGGUUUCUGAAUUAGUAAUUGGUCUCACUAAUUUACGUGGUAGAGUAGAGCUCAACAGGUUUCUGAAUUAGUAAUUGGUCUCACUAAUUUACAUGGUAGAGUAGAGCUCAACAGGUUUCUGAAUUAGUAAUUGGUCUCACUAAUUUACAUGAAAAGAACUUUAAAGAUAAAGAAUUCUGAUAAAAAAUGAUGACUUAGCUGUCAGAAUCUGAAUAGCAUCAGAAUAGCUUUUCAAAUUUCUUGAAGUUUGUGUUUGAAUGGAUUGCAAUAUUCCAUAUGGUGAGUUUUGCUUGUUAUUAGAAUGCUGUCAAAGAUAAUGUUUCUUUUUCCAUUCACGUUUUAAAGUUGAUAAUGUCUCUUUCUGAUAUGAAGAAUUUCUGGAAACCCAUACUCCAUCAUAAAGGGUUAUAGAUAGUAUUUUAACCAAUCCAGAAUAAUUUCUUUCAACAAUUCUAGUCCUUGAAAAUUUGCCAUUUUUCUUUGUCAGACUGUUUAGUUUGUGAUUUUAGACAGAAUUAGCAAGAUAUCUAUUUUAAAUGAUAAACAAAAUAACAAUAAAAUUACAGCUCAUAUUUAGUUAGCUUGAUAUGAUAAGAUAUUAUGGGACUUUUGUUUUUAUCAUUAUUAGCUUAAUGUUAUAUUUUGUUUUAGCGGAGCUUAAUUUUUGGUUCUUUGACCUUUGGCUGUUAAAAUUAAUAAGAGCUUGAUAAUUGUUGCUAAAUUCAUUGAAUAAUUUUUAGUCUUUUUCUCAGCUGAAUUAUUUAUACAAGGAAUGUUGACUAACUGAGGUGCAUUGCAUAAGUAUCUUAAAUAUAAUCAGUGAAGUUUAAGGUGUGAGGAACUUUCAGAGAUCAGUUUUUGCUAGUGACGUAAACAGUGAUCCUCAUCUAUAAAGUUUUAUCUUGAUAACUGAGAGAUGCAUUUCUUUCUAGCUACUUGACUAUUGAGAAAUAUUUACACUAUAAACUAACAUAAAUAGCCUGAUAGUAACAUUUCACUUAGUCACUUCUUGCUAUUUACAGUGUGGGGUUAGAAGGCUUUCUUGGAAGGUAUUUGCGGUAAUGUUUUAGAGGAAUACAUGCUGCUAAAAUUGAAAUUGUGUGAUGGUAUUUUAAAAGAAAGAAGUUUUGGAUAAUCAUGCAGUGUGGCUCAGUUAAAAGUGGUGAAGAAAAAAUACUUCCUAGUCUACUAAACAGUUUUGUGUAUUUAGCUACUGUGUACCCUAAUCAUUUAUCACUUGAUCUUAGAUUAAUACUAAUUAGAUGUGGCAUCAAAAUAACUAGGUUUGGCAAAAUUGCAAAAAGGAUAAUUUUAGUA